AUGGAUGUGUUUACAGAAUCCCUGAACGAAAAGGUUUCAAAACGAAAUACACCUGGUUCACCAGACAGCUCGCAUUCGAGAUCCUCUUCUCUAUCCAAGAACUCACUGCAGGACCGCCUAUUUACAAAGCUCCUCCAGCAAGUCAUCCCAACAGACGAUGAGGAUGAAACUGAUUCAAUGGGAGACAAGGCAUUUGCCUCUCCUAAGAAACCAGCUUUCAGUUUGCCUGUAAUGGCAAACAAUUUCCGCCGCUUUAAUGCAAGCACUACUCCUUACUACUCCUUUGAUGGUCCAGCCCUGGCACCAGCCACAACUAUCAAGCCAGCCCCAGAGACAUCCAAAGAUUUUCUUCGGAACAUGCGGGAUUUACAGAACUGCAUGGCUGAUUUCUCAGAUGCCCACGAUGCAGCUAUCAAUGUUAUUGCACCGCUGACAAAUUUCUCCAAUGAGAAGCUCUCUUCAACUCUAUUUCUCGGAUGCACAAUAGCUACAGUAGUGUUGUUCAUCAGUGCACAUCUACUACCCCUCAAAAUUGUGGUGCUUGUUGGCGGCAAUGCGUUGGUUCUCUCCAUCCAUCCAACGGUGGGGCAAUUCCUCUCCAGUCUGAUGGAAGACAUGACGGGGGAUUCCAUAGACACAGACUCAGACAAUAAUGGAUUCGGCUCAUCGGUCCCUGCAGAUCCAUCUGCAGCGAUGUCAGCCAUGGAAAAGCUUGCAGAUAUCUCUUUGGACACAUAUCCCGAAGAGCGGGAGGUGGAAAUUUUUGAGCUGCAGCACCGGGCUGCAGGAACAUCAGAGUCUGGAUGGGAGAGCUUCCUAUUCAGUCACGCGCCAUACGACCCGCUAUCACCAUCUCGCAUUGCCGGGGACCGACCUCGUGGAUGCCGAUUCUUUGAGGAUGUCCGUGCGCCACGUGGCUGGGCUUGGAAGAGCAAGAAGUGGGAACUCGACUUGGACUGCCGUGAAUGGGUGGUGGAGCGCAUGAUCACCAGUGUUGGGUUCGAGGUCCCAGGCGUGAAUCCAGAAGGCAACGCCAUUGUCGGAGAAGUUGGCGGUUGGGUUUGGGACUUGCCUCCAACUCGGCAGGAGUCAGAUGAUGAUUUGACGUUAGCUUACGGAGACCUGCCUGACUCGCCAUCUCCCAAAGAAACCAAAUUCAAGGAGAAAGGGAAGGAGAAGGAGAAAGCGAAAUUACGGGAUUGGGAGGAAGGGACCGCGUCAUACGGAGUGGGUGAAUGGAGACGCCGACGAUGGGUUCGAGUGGUGCAACGAAUAAGCCUUCCGCCGCCGGCGGGCGUCACCUACUCGACACUCACUAGUAAUAGCUAA